AUGGUAGGUUUCUCUAAUAUAAUAAGGUCUAGGAAAGACCAUUCUUCAACCUCACACAACAACUCUACUUCUGACCUAGAAUCAAAUAAUAACGAGGAUAUUCAAUCCUUUACGAAUAAUCAUGAACUACACACUCUCAACAAUACUGAUAUCGAAGUUAAACCUUAUUCAAUCGAAUAUGUCCAAGAUAUGGAUCAAAAGUCUAAAUUGAAAAAAUUAUCUGGUUUAAAUAGUAACGAUAUUCAUUCCUACACACAAUCUGCAGGCCAGUCUCAGCAUCCAGAUGGUCUAGACAAUGACGAUUUUGAUGAACAAUUCGCUGAAGUCCAUGAAACUAAAGUUAAAAGAGCCCUAAAACAGAGACAUAUUGGUAUGAUCGCCCUUGGUGGUACUAUAGGUACCGGUCUUUUCGUCGGUAUUGCAUCUCCUCUGUCUAAUGCUGGCCCUGUGGGCUCUUUGAUUUCAUACAUUUUCAUAGGUACUAUCGUCUAUUUCAUUACUCAAUCAUUAGGUGAAAUGGCUACUUUCAUCCCCGUAACAUCUUCCAUCACUGUGUUCUCGAAAAGAUUCUUGUCUCCUGCAUUCGGUGUCGCAAAUGGUUACAUGUAUUGGUUUAACUGGGCUAUUACAUACGCCGUGGAAAUUUCUGUCGUCGGCCAAGUUAUUCAAUAUUGGACUGAUGCUGUCCCUCUAGCGGGCUGGAUCGCGAUCUUCUGGGUCCUUAUCACCCUGAUGAAUUUCUUCCCCGUCAAAAUCUACGGUGAGAUUGAAUUUUGGAUCGCUAUGGUCAAAGUUAUCGCUAUUGUUGGGUACUUGAUCUAUGCGUUAAUCAUUGUCUGUGGGGGUGGUCCAGAAGGUCCAAUCGGGUUCCGUUAUUGGAGACAUCCAGGUGCAAUGGGUCCAGGUAUUAUUUCAAAGAAUAAGAAUACCGCCAAAUUCUUAGGUUGGGUCUCUUCAUUAAUCAAUGCAGCAUUUACAUACCAAGGCACUGAAUUGGUUGGUAUCACCGCAGGUGAAGCAGCUAACCCUAGAAAGGCUGUGCCACGGGCAAUCAACAAAGUGGUCUUCAGAAUCGUCCUUUUCUAUAUCAUGUCUCUUUUCUUUAUUGGUAUGUUGGUCCCUUACAAUGACCCAAGACUAUCUUCCACCACUGCUGUUAUUGCUUCUUCCCCAUUUGUUAUUUCCAUUCAAAACGCUAAAACUAAAGUGUUACCAGAUAUCUUCAACGCCGUUGUCAUGGUCACCGUUCUAUCUGCAGCUAAUUCAAAUGUCUAUGUCGGUUCCAGAGUCCUUUAUGCCUUAGCACAGACUGGUAAUGCUCCAAAGAGUUUCACAUAUGUCACAAAACAAGGUGUGCCAUACUUGGGUGUCAUCUGUACAGCAGCAUUGGGUUUAUUAGCCUUCCUAGUGGUGAACAACAAUGCCAACACUGCAUUCAAUUGGUUGAUUAAUAUCUCUACGUUAGCUGGAUUAUGUGCAUGGUUAUUUAUUUCCAUUGCUCACAUCAGAUUCAUGCAAGCAUUAAAGUUUAGAGGAAUAUCAAGAGAUGACUUACCAUUCAAGGCCAAGUUCAUGCCAUGGGGUGCAUACUACGCUGCGUUCUUUGUCACCAUUAUCAUUUUCAUCCAGGGGUUCCAAGCUUUCUCCCCUGUGUUCGAGGUAAGUAAAUUCUUCACUGAUUAUAUCUCGUUAAUUCUUUUGGUUGUAAUAUUUACUGGAUGUCAGUUGUAUUACAGAUGUCGAUUUAUUUGGAGAUUGGAAGAUAUCGAUAUCGAUUCAGACAGAAGAGAAAUUGAAAAUAUCAUCUGGGAAGAUGAUGAGCCAAAAAAUAUUAUGUCUAAGAUAUGGAAUAUGAUUGCAUGA